GAAUGUUGGUUUUCAACCUAUGACCCAAAUGUUGAUGUAAGGACAGUCAAAACAUGGCUCGAAAUUUGUUUUACCGAGCUGCUAAAGUUGUCCAACUCAGCAUGUUUACACGUCUAGCUAGGUCAAGGUCACUUUGCACGCAAACUCCAGCGGAGCCACUGACUGUCAGACGUCAAAACAAUGGAAUAAGGUAUGCAAGUUGUCAGCAAACUAACAAAGCUAUCUAGAUAGCUAGCUUGACUACAAUGUCAGUGUUUGAUUCCUGUGGUCAAAGAACCUCUGCAUUGGUCGGGCGACUCUUUUGCAAAAGGUGUGCCCAUGUCGCGCGCAUUGUACAGAAGCUGUCCAUUUUGGGCACGCGCUUCCAUCCCCUUUAAUUGCAAAACUGAUCACCUGAAACGUUAAAUGGUGUAUCUAGCUAGUAAGCAGUAUGUCCUAUAAAAGUCUCACUAUUACACUUCAGGUACACAGUGUAUUGAUUGGUACUGUGCAUAGAUUUUUGUUCUCCUUUAAAUGAUUCUUGCUACUGUAACAGUGUAAUUGCAUGUGCAGGAGUAUAACCCUGAACAACCCUAAGAAGAGGAAUGCCCUGUCUCUGUCAAUGCUGGACUCACUGAGAGGCAACAUUCUGGCAGACAUCGACAGCGACGACCUCAGAGUCAUCGUCAUAUCAGGUAAGAUACCACCAGAGCGCUGAUUCAUGAUCAGAUGUGCCCACCCCCCCGUUGGUCACCCCUUUCAUAAACACCAUUGUAUUGUGUUGUGUGUGUUCCAGCUAAGGGACCAGUGUUCUCCUCUGGGCAUGACCUGAAGGAGCUGACGUCAGCACAGGGCAGAGAUUACCACACCAAGGUGUUUCAGGCCUGCUCAGAGGUGAGGUUCACUAUCGUACUGUAUACAAAUAUACUGUACACACAUCAUCAUUAUUGGCGGUCACUCGAGUCGAGGAUGAUUGUCCUCCAUAGGGUCUUCUUUUUGUGGGUCUUCAGAUGGCUGUGUGUACAUACAUUACACACACAUUCUCACACUCAUACCUCUUGUUGUUAUUGAAGGUUAUGACCCUGAUACAAGACAUUCCCGUGCCUGUGAUUGCCAUGGUGAAUGGGGUUGCCACAGCAGCAGGAUGCCAGCUUGUUGCCAGUUGUGACAUUGCCGUGGUGACAGAGAGGUCCACCUUCGCCACGCCAGGGGUCAACGUGGGUCUGUUCUGCUCAACACCGGCCGUGGCAAUAGGAAGAGCUGUCCCCAAGAAGGUACACACACACACACAGACAGACACACACACAGACAGACAGACACACUCUGUGUAACUGAUAUAUUCUGAUAUUUUACAGGUAGCCAUGGAGAUGCUGUUCACAGGAAACCCGAUCUCGGCCCAGGAUGCUUUGCUGCACGGGCUGGUCAGUAAGGUGGUUCCUGAGGAGCGUCUAGAGGAGGAGACUUUAGCCAUCGCACGGCGGGUCUGUCAGGCCAGCCGGCCCGUUGUAGCCCUUGGCAAGGCCACCUUCCACAGGUGUGUCUCACUCCACAGAUGUUUUACCACACUGUAGCACUCAACCCUUCUGCCUACCAUGUAUUCAUUCCUUGUUUGCAUUACGUUUCAAUGUUUUUGUUGGUUUGAGUGGAUAACCACUGAUACACUUGCAUGCAUAAAGACAGCAAAAGACUGUCAUUUUCCUCUUGAAAGAUAAUUACUAUAUACAUGUGUAGUUUUAUAUAUAAUUUAAUCAUCAUUUCAUUACUGUCCCAGACAGAUGGCCCAGGGGCGGGAUGCGGCCUACGCCACAGCAUCUCGUGUCAUGGUGGAUAACCUGGCUCUCAGAGACGGACAGGAGGGGAUACGGGCCUUCAUAGAGAAACGGAAGCCUGUGUGGACAAACAAAGCAGAGAAGGUCCAUGAUUGCUCCUGAGUGGCGCAGUGGUCUAAGGCACUGCAUCGCAGUGCUAACUGUGCCACUAGAGAUCCUGGUUCGAAUCCAGGCUCUGUCGCAGCCGGCCGCGACCGGGAGACUCAUGGGCGGCGCACAAUUGGCCCAGCGUCGUCCAGGGUAGGGGAGGGAAUGGCCGGCAGGGAUGUAGCUCAGUUGAUAGAGCAUGGCGUUUGCAACGCCAGGGUUGUGGGUUUGAUUCCCACGGGGGGCCAGUAUAAAAAAAUAUGUAUUCACUAACUGUAAGUCGCUCUGGAUAAGAGCGUCUGCUAAAUGACUAAAAAUGUAAAUGUAAAAUGACUGAUGUCUGCUGUUUAUUGAAGUGAUUAUCUGAUGAAGGGAUACUGCAGGGCUGUCUUCAUGUGCCUUAGGAGGGGGUGA